AUUCUCUCGUUUCUUAGCAGUUGCCUAUUCUGGCCAGGCUGUUGCGGUUUUUGAGUUAUAAUUUGAGGCUGUGUAGAUGUGAACCGUGUGAUUUGCCAGGGUUUCGUUACUCUUUUGUAUGCAAACAAACAUUGUCAAGUGCGAGCAUCUGCAGCUGUUAAGUUGGUUACUCGUGAGCCAUAUAAUUGAUUAGUACUACCAGAUUACACCAGUGACAUGUUAUGGGUGUAUUAAUCAGGAUUAAGCGGCACACCUUGUACCCAGUUUCCUGAUGAUGUAAUUAAGUAAAAGAAGAAGGGCACAAGCUUAUAUACACGCUUAAGUUUUUGUGCAUAAGUUUUUUAACAAAUCCUGUUUCAAAGGGAGAUUGUUUCGUUAAUAUUUCCUGAUUUUUUUACAGGGCAAUGAGUGUAUAUUAUCGUAAUGAUUAGUGGUACACUUUCCCGUGUUUGUUUGUUGUUUGGCUUGCUGGUGUGCGCAGUGCCAGGCAACGAAGCCCUUAUCAGAAGGUUAGCACCUGGUUGUAAGACAUCGGCCCUAGAUGUUGCAUUUCUCAUCGAUUCUUCAGCUGAUGUGUCGUAUUCAUCUUUGCGUCAUUUUAAGAACUUCGUGAAGAGAGUAGUACAAGCUUACGAUGUGAGUUUUUACACCGUACGGCCAUCCAUCAGCGCGUAUGGUCACGAUGUGGUUACGUAUAACUCGCUGUUUGAUAUUAACUUUUCCUACGGCGAUGGGACACACUCGCUGAAGAAAAGUGACGUGGUCAAUAUUAUUUCUGGGAUAAAGCAAUUGGGCGGGCGACGUCGAGUUGGAAACGCUGUUCAACACGUGUGUGAUAACGUCUUCAACAUGGCGAGAAACCGGACUAGCUGUAGUGACCGACGGCAAGCUGUUCCUAAACUUAUAAUCGUGAUAUCAGCGGGUGGUUCAGCUGAUAUCAUUCCACAAAACCUGUCGUGCUUCAACACUGAAUCAAGAGGGUGCAAUUACGAUUUUACCAUUAUCGCGAUUGGGAUUACUCGAGCUGGGAUCAUGUCUCUGAAAAGCAUGCAUGUGGCUCAAAUGCACAAGAUAGAAAAUGCUGGACGAUUGCUGGUGAUAGACAACGAUGUUGGGAAAAGCUUAUGCGACGCUGCUAUCCACGGAUGCAGAACAGCUUAUCAUGAUUUAUUGUUCCUGCUUGACGGGUCAAGCUCCAUCAGUCCCAACGACUUUUCCACCACAUUAACGUGGAUGCGAGAUAUUGCAGAACAGUUCACAGUUGGUUCUCAGUUCACGAGGGUGGGCAUGAUGCAGUACGGUGACGAGCCACAUACAGAAUUUGAUUUGAACACCUUCCAGAAUGGAUCGCAAGUGUUUGAAGCGAUUUCAAACGUGACUCAAAUCGGGGGAGAAUCCGGUCCGUACGCUGCGAUUCUGCAAGUCCUACGACGAUCUCUCACCGCGCAAUACGGUUCAAGAGAAAAUGUUUCACAAAUUAUUAUAUUUGUUACUGACGGUGGCGUUGUAGACGAUAGCGAAGAAUCACAGACAAUCCUCAACGAGCUGAGGUUCUCGGGUGCGUUGGUGUAUACAAUUGGCGUAGGAAGGAUGGUUAGUCGACCACAGCUUCGUAUGAUUGCGUCACGACCUGCGUCACACCACGUGACAACAAUAGCAAGCUACAGUGAACUCUCGGCGACUAAGUCACAAAUUAUCGAUCGCAUAUGUCGACAUUUACAUCCAAAGGCACCGUCCGUUCUAAUCGACCUCCAAUUUUUGAUCCAUACGUCAAUUCCCGAACACGAAGGUGGUGAUAUUGACACCACUCGGUUUCUUGCCACCAUGACGAACGUUUUCACUGCCGCAUUCGUCAAGCAAGUAGUGGAUAGCUUUUUCAUAGGAAUCCAUUACACCAGAGUGUCUAUUAUUGUGUACAGUGGCACUUGCUCGUUGGAGUUUUCCUUUGAAGAAUAUUUACGCAAAGGAGAACUGCUGGAAUAUAUCAAUAACAUGACGUCAUUCGUACAAGACGAACCAGCCAAUGCGGGUUUUGCCUUGAAUUUUACACUAAAACAUAUUUUAAAUUCUUUACGUGUUGAUGCACAGCCGGUAGUGGUUCAUUUAACUGACUCGGGAUCCACCGAUGACGUCACACGCAUUGGAAAUGAGUUUCGUGCAUUAAAGAUUCCAGUGUUUAGUAUUGGGAUUGGUUCAGGAAUCGAUCAAGUAGAGUUAAGCAGCAUAGCAACAUCUUCACAAAAUGUGAUGAUUGUAAACUCUGAUAUCACUUUGCUUCCCAGCCAAGCUUCGGAACUGGUGACCAGAAUCUCUCGCGCUGCGAAAACAGAAUGUGAGAAUAUAGAACUUGACGUGCAAUUUCUGCUGGACGGUUCAACGAGCAUCAACUCAGCUAAUUUCGCCAAGGUGAAAGAUUGGGUUAAAUCACUGACAUCUACCUUUGAGAUUGGAUAUUACACGACCAGAGUAGGCAUCAAUCAAUACAGCGACCACCCAAAUGUAGAAUUCACAAUGGCAGAUUACUUCACGAAAACCUCCAUACUUGGUGCCAUUGACGAUAUCGUGUACAAAAAGGGCCGUACCAGCAUCGGAGAAGCAAUUAACUUCACUCGUGUGAACAGCUUUACCCCCGCAGCGGGUGCCAGAUCCUUUGUAAAAAAGGUUCUGCUUGUAAUGACGGACGGUGUUUCGCAAGACUCGAUUCAAGAGGCGUCUGCCUUGAUGCACAACAUGUCGGAUGUUAAAACUUUCGCCGUGGGCGUAGGCGAGGUGUCGUUGCCGCAAUUGCAAACAAUCGCAUCAGAUCCAGAUACUAAAUACGUGUACAAAGUCAGCAACUUCGACGCUAUCAAUUCGAUUCGUGGUAGUUUGGUGACGAAAAUUUGUGGGGAAGGAAGAAAGAGAAACAGAAUACUUUGCCCUGAAGCGGAAAUGGAUCUAGUUGUUUUGUUGGACUCCUCCAUUGGCGCCCGGGAUAAUGCAUUCGGUAACACAAAGAAAUUCCUCAAGGAGCUUGCGUCAUCGUUUGCGGUUGGUCCAUACAACAGUUUGUUUUCCGUCAUUCAAUUCGACAAUUCAACCAAUAUUAACUUCAACCUGCUCCAACACAAUUCGUCACUGACGCUUGUGCAAGCAAUUGCCGACCUCUCACCAGAGUAUGACGUAGCAGGGGAACCACCUUGUUUACUCGGUUCUGCUUUAACUGAAGUCAGAGAGCAACUUCUAAAUAAUAACUUUGGGCCGAGACCAAAUGUUCCUAAGGUUGUUCUUGUAAUCACUGCCUCAAAUUCCAUGGAUGACUUGACAUACCCUGCAACUGAACUAAUGCAUGAUGGUACCAUGUUAUUCUCUAUUUGCGUUGGAAUUAAAGUGAACCGAACGCAGAUACAAAAGAUUGUUACCGCACCAUAUUCGUCUUUCUUCUACUCUGUCAGUCACUUUAGAGAAUUACCUAAAAUUGAGAAAAGUUUAUCAAGAGGAAUUUGUGCAGCCAUUGCCCCAGAAUGUCGAAUGCGCGCAGUAGAUGUCAUAUUUUUGAUUGACGGUUCCUCUUCUGUUACAAACGCUGACUUUACUGCUGUCAAGCUGCUGAUGGUGAAUUUAACUGACAGUUUCGAUAUUGGGCCAGAAGGAGCUAGGGUUGGUUUAGUACAGUAUGGCAAUGAACCAACUGUGGAAUUUGAUCUAAGGGAUUUCGAUAAUAGAGAAGACCUACGGGAAUCUAUUAUGAGUUUGGAGCAUUGUACUGGGAACACAUUUACUGCUAAAGCAAUCAAGUUUGUCACCAAUUAUGCAUUUUCAACAGAGAGAGGGGGACGACCAAAUGUAUUGAAAGUAGCGCUGUUAAUCACAGAUGGUAGAGCCCAAGAUUACAGAAAUAUAAGAUCUGAAGCCGAACAAGCUCACACAGAAGGAAUCAAAAUCUUUGGCAUUGGAGUUGGUGAAGCUCAGCUCAGUGAACUGGAAGAUAUGUCAAGUUUGCCAACCUCACAGCACACCAUGUUUGUACAGAAUUACCAAGAUAUUGAAAAGCUCAGGUCAAGGUUGGUCCAUAGGAUCUGCCAAGAUUCAAAAUGUCCAACCAUUCAAAGAAAUAGAACAUACAUUCAAGGAGUAAACUGCAUAGAAUCGUUUGGACUUGGAACUCCUCAAAGAGGAGUUAAAAAAAUAGUAGGGAUUAGGGAAGAUGAUGUGGCUUACCGGAUAAACGGACGAAAGUGCAACCUGGUCAGGCUUAAAAAAGAAGUCUUUCCAAGUAGUUGCCCAAGCCACUUUACAAUGAUAUCUGUUAUUAAAUUGAAGAAGUCAGUCGUGUCAAAGAGCAAUUGGGAAAUCAUGAGUUUUACUGAUGCAUCGGGAGGGACAGAGUUCUCCAUAUCUUGCAAUGGGCCACGAAACUCACUUAUAAUUAAAAGGAAAGGUGGUGCAAACAUCAAUGUGAAAAAUCGUGAAAUUGCAAAGUUAUUUAACCAGAAGUGGCACAAGCUGGAAGUUGCCAUAGGCCGGUAUGACGUAAAUGUUCACCUGGACUGUCGCCAUGUUGGUUCAUAUCGACUCGGUGUACCACUGCGUCAUGUGAUAGAUGAUACAGGAGACUUUAUGCUUGGAAGGGUUAGAAGUGGCAAAGCACCUUUGUAUUCACUUCAAGAUAUGGUGGUUAAGUGUCACCAAGGAACACCAAGUGACAUAGCAAAACCAGAGCUCUGUUGCGAACUAAAGAAUUACAAAAACAAACGGUGCCGUCGCAGUGUGGUAGAGCCACCACUACAGAUUCAAACAGAAACUCCUUCCCCAGUGCUUACAACCACAAUUAACCCAGAUUUGCCGGGUAUUGGAGCAACAGAUAGCGUUUGGUUCACAACCAAGCCUAUUCAAAGUACAACUACCUCAACGGAACCUGUUCCACCAGAUGUAGGACAAAUUAUAAUUGGUCCACCAGGACCACCUGGCCCUCCAGGUCCACCCGGGCCACCUGGCACACCAGGAACUCCUGGUGCAGAUGGGCUUCCUGGUUUCCCUGGUGCUGAUGGUAACCCAGGUAUUCGUGGAGAACCUGGUGUGUCUGGAGAAAACGGUAAAGAUGGCUUGCCUGGUGUGCCUGGAACAAUUUUGGAAAAAGGCAUGAAGGGUGAUGUUGGACCACAAGGUCCACCAGGAAGAGAUGGGGCAGGAACUGGAGAUGGAACCGGUGGUUGGUUGCCAGGUCCAAAAGGCCAGAAGGGUGAAGUUGGUAGAAAUGGUGUCAAUGGUGUUCAAAAGGGUGUUACUCGGGGGUUGCAAGAAAACAGAGUGAGGCAAAUAGCCAGAGAAGUUGUAUCUGAAGUAUUGGCAAAUGAACUUCCAAGAAUUGUUCUGAAAAUGAUUGAGCAAGAACUUGGAUCUUCUGGCACUAGACAACGGGGCGCACCAGGGCCCAGGGGUGAAAGAGGUUACUCUGGUGAACAAGGCCCCAUAGGACCCUCAGGUCCACCCGGUGAACCUGGACUUGCUGGGAUCCAAGGCAUACCUGGCCUUCGUGGGCGACCUGGUUAUACAGGUGAAAGGGGGGAUAAAGGAGAGACCGGAAAAUCAAUUAGAGGGCCGAUGGGUAUUCCGGGGCCUAGGGGUUUCCCAGGUGAAACUGUUCAUGGCCAGCCGGGUGACAGAGGUCCGCGCGGUCGCCAAGGUCCGCGUGGGAGUCAGGGACCACCGGGAUAUACUGGACCUGCCGGGCCUGCUGGUACCUGUGACAAUGAUUACUGCUACAGAGCUGCUUACAACCUCUUGCACUCAAGUCUUCGAUCCGAUGCUUACAAUACGCGGGGCGCCGAUGAAAAAGGCUGAUUGGUUUUAUGCGGCGUCUAGGCAAUUUACGUUUUGUAAACACUGCGUUUUCCCACUUAUUGACCAAUUAGCGUGUUCGUGGACACUGUAUAGUUGAAAGUUCCAAAACGUUUCCGAAUAUUUUGUUCUGAUGCGGUCUUGUUUUACAUAUGUUAUGCAGUGAGGAACAUCCACGAUAUAAAGUUGUUUAACCAAGCACGUCGUGUAUAAUCCGUGCGUUAAUGGUCAAUGUUUUUUAUCAUGUUAAUGAAUUUUAUCAGCAUUCCCUGCAAACCGUCAUGUUACUUUUCAGCAUAAGAAUGUACCAUUGAAAAAUAAACAUUCUGUAUACGUCA